UUAUAGGGAAACAAAAGUAACGAGCUUCUGUUCUCAAUUUGAAUGAUUACCUGAUCUAAUUAAACGUUAAAAAGAAAUUAGUGCCUAAUGGGGUAAAGGUUUUUCUCAUGAGUAAAUUAUCGAUUUUUUUAUGAGUCCUUAUUAUUAGGCAUUCCCUUUAUGGGUUAGCCAUGAAUGUGUAGAAGAAGCAGUAUAUUGAUAAAGAAAAGAUAUUUUUUUCCAAAAUCAAAAGAGCGAUUGGGUUGAAAAAAUAAAGGAUUUCUAACCGUCUUCUUAUCCUAUAACGAACAUAAAUAAAUUAGAUGGCAAAAGAAAAGAUAGGAUAGAGAAUCCGUUGAUGAAUCCGCCUGUCUCCGAGGUAUCUAUUCUUUUCUUACUAUAAUACCUUGUUUUGACUGUAUCGCACUAUGUAUCAUUUAAUAACCGAAUAGAUCCCCUAUCUUUGGUUCAAAUCGAAUUUGAAAUGGAGGAAUUUCAAGUAUAUUUAGAACUAAAUAGAUCCCGCCGACACGAUUUCCUAUACCCACUUAUUUUUCGGGAGUAUAUUUAUGCACUUGCUCAUGAGCAUGGUUUAAAUAAAUCGAUGAUUUUUUUUGAAAAUCAGGGUUAUGGUAAUAAAUUCAGUUCACUAAUUGUGAAACGUUUAAUUCUUCGAAUGGAUCAACAGAAUCGUUUGAUUAGUUCUGCUAAUGAUUCCAACCAAAAUCCGGUUUUUGGACACAACAAUAAUUUGUAUUCUCAAAUGAUAGCGGCAGGAUUUGCAGUCAUUGUGGAAAUUCCAUUUUCCUUACGAUUAAUAUCUUACUCACAAGGGGCAGAAGCCGCAAAAUCUCAUAAUUUUCAAUCAAUUCAUUCAAUAUUUCCUUUUUUAGAGGACAAAUUCUCACAUUUAAAUUAUGUGUUAGAGGCACUAAUACCUCAUCCCAUCCAUCUAGAAAUCUUAGUUCAAGCCCUUCGCUACUGGGUAAAAGAUGCUUCUUCUUUGCAUUUAUUACGGUUCUCUCUCUACGAGUAUUGUAAUUUGAAGAGUUUUAUUACUCCAAAGAAAUCUAUUUCGAUUUUUAAUCCAAGAUUAUUCUUGUUCCUGUAUAAUUCUCAUACAUGUGAAUACGAAUCUAUUUUCCUUUUUCUCCGUAAUCAAUCUUCUCAUUUACGAUCAACAUCUUCUGGAGUCUUUCUUGAACGAAUUUUUUCUAUGGAAAAAUAAAGUAUCUUGGCGAAGUCUUUAUAUGAUUUUCAGAACAACCUAUGGUUGUUCAAAGACCCUUUCAUACAUUUUAUUAGGUAUCAAGGAAAGUCAAUUCUGGCCUCAAAGGAUACGUCUCUUCUGAUCAAUAAGUGGAAAUAUUACUUUGUCGAUUUAUGGCAAUAUUAUUUUUACCUGUGGUCUCAAUCAGGAAGAGUCCGUAUAAAUCAAUUAUCUAAAUAUUCUCUCGACUUUCUGG